UGCUCAAGGUGGUGGUGGGCCAUUGUUAAUGUCCCAUCUCGUAAGUUCAUGGUUAUCCCAUGGGUAGGGUGUGGUACCGCUAUAAAUAGAGCAGAUUUCGGCUGAUUGUCAUUGUAAAUUCGAACAGCAAAUUACCAACAUGUUUGUAAAACUGGCCGUAUUAGCUUGCUCUUUGGCUGUCUCCGCCGCGGUGUACAGCGGCCCCCUGGCUGGGGGCGUUCCCGCCGCCCAGUUCCCCGCCGGAGUGAGCCCCCAGGCUUGCCCCAACUACCCCAACUGCGCCAACCCCUCCGUCGCCGUGAACCAAGCCCCCGUCUCCCAAUACAACGCCGCUCCUCAAUACACCCCUCAGCAGUACCAACCAGCUCCUCAAUACGCUCCCCAGCAGUACCAACCCGCCCCUCAAUACACCCCUCAACAGUACCAGCCCGCCCCACAAUUCGCCCCCCAGCAGUACAACGCCGCCCCCGCCCGCCCCCAGUACACCCCCGAGGUGCAGAACGCUUUGGACCGCGGGGAAUACAUCGGGGACGGUGACUACCACGGUGAAGGUCUCGCUGAAGCCCUCGCUCCAGGAUACCAAGGACAAGCCCAAGCUUACAACGCGGCUCCUGCCUACAACCCCGCCGCCUACGCCCCCCAGCCGCAGGCUCAUCACCAGCUGCCCGCAGGUGUCGGCCAGCCCGCUCAGAUUCCCGCAGGAGUUGACGCCCGCUCUUGUCCGAACUAUCCUUUCUGCCACUAAUUUAAGAAAGACAAGCUAGACUGCCAGCUGACAACAUGUUGUUGCAUUAAUUUAC